AUGGAGUUGCCUCCUCCGGGAAACCGGAGGGUUUCCAUCAGUAACCCUCAAGAGACACCCCACAGGCUUUCCAUCGCCCACGGCAUGAUGCCCGCCCGCUCGUCUAUGGCCUCCUCCAUUGGCUCCCCGAAGCCCCACGCCUUGCCUGAUGCCCGCAAGUCUUCCAUCCCGAGCAGUGUGCCAGGCCGGUCCAUGCUGCCCAGCUCCAUCCCCCAGAAGGGCGCCCUCCUCCUUCCGGAUGCCACCCCGCAGCAGCGCAGAGGAUCCACAGUCUCCUCCGUGCACUAUGCCUAUGAGCAAGCCAAGCAAGAGGCCUCAGACAAAGAGAAGGACAAGGAGAAGAAGGGCAAGAGCAAGAGCAAGAACAAGGGCGCAGGACUGAUGAACAUGCUAAGAAAAACUCUUCAAGGGUCUCAGAGUGAAGAAAUGGUAGUAACAAGUGAAACACCAACUUUGGUACCAUUUGGAGAUGUGGUCGGCUGCCUGGCUGUUCACAUAAAGAGUUGUCGACAGUUUUCUCACAGAUUCAUUGUACAACAACACAUCAACCUGUUCAUUCGUAUCUGUAUAAAUCACGUCACGAAAUGCACGAAACUCCGGAACUUGAAAGCCACCAACAACGAAAAGAACCUUGUACUCAGGUUUGACGAAGUGAAGUAUUUUUCUGUACAGGUUCCCAGACGUCAAGAUGAUGAGAGGAAUAAUAUUUUUUUGGAGCUAAUGCAAGAUGGAGGAAGUACAGAAAGACCCGCCCUCUCCUUGGGCAGUGUUGAAGCACAUCUUUACGAAAUAAUACAGAAAGGCUGCUUCACAGAAGUCCUGCAGAUGAAGCACAGAAACUCGUCUAUCUGCAGGGUGGAGGUGGAGUUCAUGUUUUCCUAUGGAACCUUUGGCUAUGGAUUUUCACAUCAGCUAAAACCUCUUCAAAAAAUCAUCGAGCCAUCCAUGUUUAUGAAGAUCGCCCCUCCUCCAGAAAGGACAGACCCUGUCACAAAUGUUAUUACCCCGCAACGAGUCGAAUACCCAGCCUUCUUAUCCCCAGAACUUAACGUUUCCGUCGGGGCUGCUGAAAGCAGCCACCCGAACGCCGUGCGACUCGAAAAACUCCAGGAGAAACCCCGGGAAAGGUUGGAAAAAAUGAAAGAGGAAUAUAAAAAUCUAAAAACAUGGAUGGAAAAAUCUGAGUAUUUAAGAAACCUUAUUACUCCAAAAGUGGCUUCCAAAGUCACAGAGGUAAUUGCCAAAACACAUUCUAUCAUGUGUAGUGUGUUAUCCACUACAUGCAAUGGAGUGUCUAAUGACUUGACUCUCUUUGGUAUUUCUGAAGCCUCCAGUUCCCAUCACAGAAAAUCUGAACAUAUUUCACAUGAGUUUGUGGACAAGGGCGAUAAGGAAGGCCUGGGAAUACCAGUUGUGAAACUGGUGGACCAAGAUUUCUCAGAGCACACUCUUGCUGAAAGUGUGGAGUCCACACCGGGAGACAUACCGCUGCCCCCGAUCCACACCCUGCAGAUAAUAGAGGAAGAUGAGACACCACGCAGCGCGCAAGAAGCUCCGGAGUGGGACGUGCCCUACGAAGAGAGGAAGAGUGUGGUGUUUCCACCGGAUCACAGUCUAAUCCCCAAACGUCCCAGCAUUUUAAGAGUAGCCUCAUCUCUGCAGGAGGUAAAGUCGAGUUUACCCAUAAACCCGGAGAGCGUGAGGAGGAGGAGGAGUUAAGGCGUCUUUCCAAAAGAAUGAGGUGGCAGAGCAAAUGUUUUAACUUGA